CAGGCCAGUCUAUCUCCCACAAGCGCUGCAUGGUCACGCUUGUAGAAUUCAGCCUUGCUGGGGAUUUGGCCCCAAGUAACCACUGCAUUGCUGCUCGAGAUCGAGCUUCUUCUUUAGGUAUAGUGAUAAACUUAGGCGUUUAAUGUGAUCAGCCCAGCCAAGUCCAUUCGUUGAUAGCGAUUGGAUGGUGUUGAUGAUAGGUAGGGCGGCACUUCGAAGCAUGUUACCUUCUAGUAUCGGAUACUACCUGCUAGAACCCGGGAUUCGUGCAUUGAUCGGAACGUAUCUCGUACAGGAGAUUUUUCUUACCGACCCCGUCUUGACGAGUGUGCUUGAAGAUCAGCCUAGAAUAGCUUCACCAGCGCCAUGCCCCAUUCCACGCUUCGCAGCAUAUGCUAUUCUUCCGCUAGCUUCAUUUUCGCAACAGGCGAACAAGCCUGUAGAUGGAACACACUGUAUCCAGUGCCAAUCAAGUGGGCCAGCAAUGAGAAAGCAAUCGGAGCAGACCAGCGAUCGCCUGGAUUUUGUCAUAUUUGGGUUCGCUCCAUGCACACUACAAUACCCCACUGGCAAGUCUCACGAUCCCCGUUGCAUUUUGAGAAUGACUUUUGGUCCUCUCCGAUGGCUUCUCUAACGCGAAUAGGGCUUUAGAAAGAAAAGAGAAAAAAAUAGAAAGGAAAAGGCUUGCGCCAGUGAUCAAGGUGCAUAUGAGGGCGGACUGCAUAUGCACA